CAAAGCACCAAGAACAGAACCAAGAUAAGAACACGACAGCAUCCUCUGGUUACAUAAAUAACGCUAAUUUCUCUAAUCACUUGCGUGUUGGAUUCUUCUUCGUUGCAUUGUUUUGUCUCCUCCUCCCCCAUCAAUUCUCCCAUCCAAGAUACUCUGUUUCUCAGAAGAUGAUUAGGGCAAUCUCGUAUCUGCAAUCUUCUCUCCGGCCUCUUCGUUCUCGCUCGUACACGGCACAAGCUUCAUCGGCCUUGCGUGAAGAGGUUAAGCUAUCUGUUUACAGAGACGAUGAGUAUGCGGAUGUUGAUUGGGACAAGCUAGGGUUCGGUCUCACUCCCGCAGAUUACAUGUACGAGAUGAAGUGUUCGAAAGAUGGAGAAUUCAGAGAAGGAGAACUCAGACCCUUUGGAAACAUUCAACUCAGCCCUUCUUCUGGAGUCUUGAACUACGGACAGGGGAUAUACGAAGGUACGAAAGCGUACAGGAAAGAAGACGGGAAGAUUCUACUGUUUCGUCCAGAACAAAACGCUACUCGUUUGAAGCAUGGAGCUGAACGUAUGCUCAUGCCUUCGCCUUCGGUUGAUCAGUUCAUCGAUGCAAUCAAACAGACCGUUCUUGCGAACAAACGUUGGAUUCCUCCUCCAGGUAAAGGGUCUCUCUACGUUAGGCCUCUGUUGAUUGGAAGCGGUCCGAUUCUCGGAUUAGGUGCUGCUCCUGAGUAUACAUUCCUCGUUUACGCUUCCCCGGUUCGGAACUACUUCAAAGAGGGAACUGCAGCUCUCAACCUCUACGUCGAGGAAGAGUACGUACGAGCAGCUCCCGGUGGCGCAGGUGGAGUCAAGAGUAUCACAAACUAUGCACCUGUUCUUAAAGCAUUGACAAGAGCUAAAGAUCGAGGAUUCUCGGACGUCCUUUAUCUCGAUUCCAUUUAUAAGAAGUACUUGGAAGAGGCUUCUUCUUGCAACAUUUUCAUCGUCAAGGGUAAGAAGAUCUCUACUCCUGCAACAAAAGGAACAAUUCUCAAGGGUAUUACUCGAAAAAGUGUCAUGGAGAUCGCCACCGAUCAAGGUUACCAGGUUGAAGAAAGGGCUGUUCCAGUGGAUGAACUAAUGGAAGCAGACGAGGUUUUCUGCACCGGAACGGCUGUAGGGGUUGCCCCAGUGGGCAGUGUAACCUAUCAGAGCCAGAGAUUACAAACUUCUGAAAUCUGCAGAAAAGAGUUCAAAACCGGGAAUGAUUCUGUCUGCGAAGAACUACAGAAAAUUCUUGUGAGUAUUCAGACCGGAUUCAUGGAAGACAAGAAGGGAUGGGUCACUGAGAUCCACUGACACUGAGAAACCGAUCUUUCAAAACAGACCGGAUUCAUCAAGACAACAUGGGUAUACAGAAAGGAUUGUCUUGCUCUUAUAAGCUUUGUAAACAGAAAAUGAAGAACAGAUGAGUAAAUAUGGAACUAUUGUGUUAAGGAAUCGGAAGCAGAAAAGAGAUUUCUUGCUCUUCUUCCAUUCUUCUUGAGCAAAAUAUGAUUGUUGAAGAUACAGAAACAAUUUUUCUUUUUAAAAGAAUGCUGAAGAACA